GUGUCACAUAGCGCCAUAGUUAACGCCUUAUGCGGCUUUCCUGAGCUGAACGGCAGGCUGCAGACAGACGAACCGCUCGUUCAUUAACCGUUCUCUGAUCACUUCCCGUGCGUGUCGGUGUGUGUGUGCGGACUCGUCGGUCAUGGCUCCCCGCUCCUUGCGCUCGCUCUGCCUGCUGCUGGCGCUGCUGCUGCCGCUGGAAGUCCUGUCUCAGGACCUGGACCUGGCUGAUGCUCUGGAUGGUGACGAUGAAACACCGACCGCUCCACCGAAGCCAGCAGCACCAGCAGGAGGAGCAGGAGAAGAUCUGGAGGAUCUCCUCAACCUCGACAGCACCACCACCACUACCACCAAAGCCCCACCCAAGGUUGUGCCUAAAGUCCCUGCAGGGACAAAGGCGCCAGGCAAGCCCAAACCCAAGCCAGCUGGAGACGACUUUGACCUGGCUGAUGCCUUGGACCCCAACAAUGACAUUGGUGGCAAGGACAAGAACAAGGGGCAGGGAGGUGCAUUUUCUGACAGUGAUCUGAUUGAUGUUAGUAAAGACGACACCUACAAACCUGACAAAGGCAAAGGUGGACGUUCAAGUGGUGACAAUGACCAGAUUAACCAGUAUGAUGACAACAAUGAGACAACAGCAGAAGUGGGCACCAUUGCAGGGAUUGUCAGUGCAGUUGCCAUGGCGCUGGUGGGUGCAAUCAGCAGCUACAUCUCCUACCAGAAGAAGAAGCUGUGCUUUGGUAUACAACAGAGCCUGAACACUGACAUGGUGAAGGCUGAGAACCCCGAGGCUGUGGUGGCCACAGAACCACAAGUCCAGCAGACUCUCCUGGAGCCGCCCAGCGCUGAACCCCGCACUGAAGAGAAUGCUGUGUAACACACUCACACACACACACACACACACACACACAAAGGUCCCCCACUGAACCCCCCUGCACACACACACACACACUAGCACCCACACACAUACACAUACACAGCCAUGCUACAGGAUAGACUGUCUAUUGUGUAACAUGCACCUCUGUGCUGCAGAGGUUGGGAUUUGUAGUCCAUCUGUGUUCUCUGCUGUAAACACAGCUGACAGCGUAUGGAACCUUGCCAAAUGUUCUGUUUGUAUUGUAAUUUAUUGUUUACUGUUUGAACACCACUAACAAUGACAGUUUACAGUUCUCAGCAUGCAGCCUGUGAUUUGCCUGCAGUGAGCUGAGGCUUUAGUUGGAGCACUUUGAGCUCCAGACACACAGUGAAGUUGGAAUAUUGGGGAAAAAAAAGAGCAGUUCAUCGUACUAUAAACUGCUGGGCAUCUAUGGGUGUGUGUCAAAGUGCUUCAAGUUCACAGGGAGUCAGCUGUUCAGUGAACUGGAUUUCAGGUAGGAGGUGACUGAUUGACCCUGGUCAGUGACUUGCAGCUUGAUUCCAAAGCAGAGCCUGAUAAUGUCAGUGAUGCUCAGUGCUCUGUGGAGAAUUUUUAAAUAGCUGAACUUCAAAUGACCACGGAGCACCGUGAGAUAUGCCCAGUGUUUUUUACAUGAACAGAUGUCCCAUUGUAUCUCAUCUAAAUGGAACACAGCAGUUCUGUUUCCCCCUUAUGGCAAAUAGCAGAUUGUCAUUUGCCCCCCCCCCCCAAAAAAAUAAAAUAAAAAUACAACAGCAUAAACAGCCAUUUAUAGGCUAAUUGUAAUUUACAUUUGCUUUAUAAUUCAAUUCAAUUGGGCAGAAUCUAGAAUCUGGAAAUCUAGAAUUUAGAGAAUCCAUGACUUGGACUUCUGUAUUUCGCUCCACAGAUGUGUAGAGAGUUACUGAAGAACACUUAACAAUAUUCCCAGACUUCAAUUCAAAGGCCUGCAGCAGCUGAAGUGUUGUGAUGAAAAGUAUAAUCCUUUAUUAUCACAGCCGCCAGUUUAUGGAACUUAAAAUAAGCAUGUACUCAUAGAACUGAAGUUCCAUCAUGUCAAUAUGAUGUUGACAAACAAUAUGAAUUUCUCUUAUUCCUAAAAAAUGUGAUAUUUUGAUUUAAUUUAUUACUGCGUUAUCAUUAUGAGGUCAUAAUCAGUGAUUACUGUAUGUUUUUCCUUUGAUGAAUAAUCAGGGCUUAUUGAAGUCUCCCAACGGGUUGAAUUACAUUUUGACACACUUGGUACAUAUGUUGUCCUUUAAUGGGCUCCACUGUUAGCUGGUGGAGUACUGUGGAUUAACUGGAGCUGCUGCAGGUAACUAACUGUUUACGUCAUGUGACAUCAUUAGUUCCUACAUGCUAAUCCAUCUACACCCUCCUCAUGUUGCCUAUCUUAAUGUACAAAGUUGCCUUAUUCAGAUUUGGAUCUUUUUUGCAAUAGUAAAAAUAAGGCACCUAAACAUUUAUCUACUUACAACCUGUGACUUUUUAUAGUGUAAAUAGCCUAAUAUUUAAAAAAAUAAAUAAAUAAACCCUGUUUUUUCAACUAGCUUUUAAUGACAACGCCCAAUGAAGGAAGCCUGGAGAAGCUUGGGUUUGUGUCAGUGAAGCAUCCAUUAGCUUCUGUGUACAGGGCUGACUGGUUGAAGAGUUGAAGAAGAAAAAGAGAAAGUUCAAAAUUGGUCCAGUUGUGCUCAGAGUUCAGGUAGCACCAAACAUGAAACUUUAAAAUGGACUCACCGCGCCUGAUGUAGCAUAGAAGUGCUGUUCAGGUCUUAACAUGCACAGUGUGUAUCGUCUCUUUUUGUGCUCAUUUGAAUUCUUCAGUGGUGAGCUGCUUGGAAAAAAAAACCCUCAGCACUUCUGGAGAGAGCAGGCUGCGACGAGGCUAGUGGACAGAAAAGUGGGCAGAAAAUGUGACUUUUGUUGAAGAUACAAUUACUACGAGCUAAUGUUGUUUGUACUAUGUUCUAUUGUGUUAGCUUUGAGGUGCCAGUAUGUGCAGGAGAACGCCAAGUUUGUCUUUAUCCCAUGGUGGCCAUUUUGAAUUGAUAUUGUGAGAAAAAUUGCAGACAUCAUUUUAUACAUAUGCCAAACAGAUUUGAGACAGUGGCAGCAGGCAGAUAUCAACCAACAACAGAAGAGCUGUUUUUAAUGUGUGUCCCUAAUGCCUAACAAACACGUUCAAUGACCAUCAAACAUUAACAAAGCUGUUCAGACCUGAUGGCACAUUGUUCCAUUUCUUUGUGCGUUACUGCCACCAACUGUCCAUCUGUAGAAUAGCACGAAACUAUAGCAAGAAUGGGGAGCACUUAAGCAGCAUGCAGGGACACAUGCUCCACAGCAACACUGAAAACUCCACAGAGUAGCCUUAACUGGAUUACUGUCCAAUAAUUGGUAUUAAAUUGAACCAGAUAAGAGAAUAUAUGGUGUAUAUGAUGUCAUAAUUUGAUUAUUAUAGUAUUACAUUUUUAAAAAAGUUGCAUACUCCAUUUCAAAUUUGUAAAAAAAAAAAAAAAGUUUGUACUACAGAGCUAUAAAAUGUGACUGACAGGUGACCCUGUCGGUUCAAAAUGGCCACCAACACAGCAAGAUUUACAAGAGAAAAGUGGGAAAGUGUUUUUUGUGACAGAUGUGUGAAGUCAGGGAGGAGUCUGAAUGAGUCGGCACUGCCACAAAGACGAUACUGGUUGUGAUAAUAUGCAUUUGAAAAAAAUCAGAAGUAUGUUUUAGCCGUGUAGAUGAAAUUAGCUUCAGUAGUUAGCUUUAGGAUGUUGAAUAGUGUCAGGAUAACAGCUUUUGGAAAGUUGUGAUGGUUGUACAUAUUACUGUGAGCAGUUCUGUGUUUGUAUUACUAGCAGUGCGUAAAAGCAUAAAUAUGCUUCAUAUUAAUCUAUACUCUUAGGUGUGUAUGUGCGUGUGUAUGCGUGUGUUUACACUCUUCACCUGCUCUUUUUACACUUUGUACCCAACUUGACUUUUCUUAAUAACUUAGCUUAACGUUUUGUAGAUAGUUACUGCUUCCUGCUGACUGAGCUUGUUCUGUAUGUUUUCCUAAUGACUCAGCAGUCUUGUGUAUUCCUGAAUGAGACAGCUUUUAUUUGGGAGUGUGGGCUGCACCUGAAAUAAUUCACUGUCUUCUGUCUGUUGUUGUAUAGCACUGCUCAGAGUGACUGACAGAGUGACAGAGUUACUGAACCUUCUGUGGUGGACUUUAGUGAUCUCAUACUCUAACAUUAAACAUAGUUAUUAUGGCACAUUCACAUCAUGUAUAAUGGAAGGAAGCAACAAGAAUGUACAAUUAUAUGUUUGCAGUUGGUUGUGUGAGGGUGAAAAUAUGUCGUGCAUAUAGCUCAAAGUUUCCUAGUCACAGUUUUGACUUGGACCCAUUGCAUGGUUCUGGCGACGGUGUUAAACAUGUAAAUUUCAGCUAAUGCUUGGACCCUCACACGCCUCUUGAAAUGCACAAAGUUCAUUGUUGUUGAUGAUUGGUUCGUUACCCCCCAAGCCAUUUGAUUCCUCUUCUACCGCCUCUACACUGCCAGCCAGAAGCCUACAUAUUUUUUAAGAAGGUAGAAGAAGCAAACGACACACAUGGAUGUGGCAUGAUCAGUGAUUGGUAACCUGGUAAACUACCAUCAUGCUUUGUUGAAGACCUGAGUAGUGUCUGAUAGGGUAGUCUGUAUCUACACAGAGGUGCAUGAAGGAUUUUGGAAUUUGGCUCUUGGGUUUGAACUCUCAUCACAUCAUAUCCUUUCAGAUACUGAAGGAGAUGGUGUUGCAUGAGCUAUAAAUGUUGGUGGCCUAUACAAUGAGUGUGUUACAUAUCUGACAGAUGCAGUGCAGUCCUAUAUGAACUGCCCGACAUGAGUUGCCUUGGAGAAUCAUACGCUUCUAUCCACAAUCCCUUUGUGUCACUCCUUCUCCAAAAGUCCCGAAACAUUCAGUCACUAGUCAGUCUUCUUAGUACAACACUGUUAUCAGAGGUUGGUUGUGCAAAUAUACUGCAGUGCAGGCUCUUGUUAACGGUAAAUAAAAGUUCAGGUAGAUAGUGUCAGAGUCAUCAGCAGUCUUCAGUCAGCAGGACAUAUGAAACUUUGAGUAGAAACCCUGUGCUUUCUUUCUAAAACUUUAACUUUCAUAAACACUCAUUUUUUAAGCAACAUUUAGUGAUGAGUCUGGCAACAGCAGGUCUACAUUACAAUAUCAAGGUCAGGCUUCAAGGGGGUUUAUCUCUUUUUGUUGUUCAUGCCACAUUUUUAAUCAAGAGGCCAGAAAGACCCCUAUGGCCAAUGUCUCACAAUCAAAUUCCCAAAAAAUGAAAGUGGUAUCAGCAUCAAGAAUACAGCAUUAAUCAAGCUCUACUGAUUUUAGGGCUCUACUCUUUACGUAGAACAAACACUUGUAGACCUGCUGCUCAAAACUGUACUGUCUGAGCCUGAGUGUGCCAACUGCACAUGCAUGCAGAUACCCAGUGUAGUAUGAACAGAUCUGUGUCUUUCUAAUUCACAAGACGUCAUGGACUAGCUGACAGAGACAGAUCUUGUGCAACCAGACUUUGAGAACAGUUGCCAAUGCUGAAACUUGGUCAUCUGAUUGAUAAUAGAGACUGAUGAACAACUGUGUAGUCUUGGAGUCACGACAAGAAAGAGACUUCAUGAAAGUAAAGUCAAAUUAAUCUGUUUUGGGGCACUUUUACAUUUUCUUAACAUGCUUUUUGAAUUGAACAUGCUGUUUGAGUGUCCAGGGACUGCUGAUGGUGAUGGAGGAACAGACUGAUCUGCUCACCUUGUAAGAAUUGUGCAUGGAUAACCUCUCUGCCCUGUCAGCUGUAAUUCAAAUGGUGCUUCUCUCUCUGCCUUAUACCCUGCACAGUCCCAUAGGGACAUGCCACAGUACUCAUCUCCAAUCUGUUAGCUGCAGCUGAGUAUGGAACACCCACAGCUUUCAGCUCCUUUGGGUGGGCGAUUGGUCACAGCACAGAGGACUGAAAGGCAUGCUCAGGCUGCUGAGAGCUGAACUUCACACAAAUCAAACACAAAACAAACAAACCUUUCCGUUCAUUGAAUGUAUCGAGUAUCAAGCAAAAACCUUUGGCAUGUAGCAAAAAUACAAAUUGACCAAAGAUGUAGCAUUGAUUGAGAUUGACUUUGUCUUUAUGUAUUGAGACUGAAAUAUAUGUUUGUAAGAAAAAGGCUGUGAGGGGAAAGGAUUGAAUCAGGCCUGAUCUAAGGACGAUCUAAGGAAGGUCUAAGGACAGAGGGUGUCACUCCCUGUACAGAUUGUAAAGCCCUCUGAGGCAAAUGUACUUUGUGACUUUGGGCUAUACAAAUAAAAUUGAUUUGAUUUGAUUUGAUCUAAAUGUUACGGAGACCAUGUCUUCAGUGUUUUAAGACAGAAUUUGAAUUCAAAUAAGACUUGAUGGAUUAGACGAAGAGUGAAGUGUGUGAGAAUGUUUUUUAUGGCCAUGAAAAAACAAUACAGAUGCACCUGAUAGAAUCGUGGCUCACACAGAUGCCAAACGUCUGAAUGACUCUGCUCUACUAUACUAUACUAGAGUCCCAUACUGCUGUUUGAAGCUGGCUACCAGACUGUAUAGAUGAUGCAAUGGCGAGGGGAACAUCAGUACAAUCUAAAGCUGCUGCAGCCCUGCAACUAACAGCUCCUUUGUAAAGUUGGGGCUGUUUUUCUAAAAUUGGAGCUUGUGUUGUUAUAUAAGAUACUGUACAGUCGUGUGUGACAUUGUGUACACCCCAUAAGAAUAGAUAGAUAGAUAGAUAGAUAGAUAGAUAGAUAGAUAGAUAGACAGACAGACAGACAGACAGACAGACAGACAGACAGACUGGUGGGGGUUCUCGCAUAGUGCUUGAGGUAUGACAGUCUAUUGUGGUGAUGGGUCAUGUUAAGUUGGCAGGACAGUAGGAGGAUGUACACAGUGCCAGAGCCAGAAAGGUCCACAGGUGGUGUCACUAGAUUAGGUGUAGGGCAUGCAGGUCUGGAAAUUGGGGUGGGGUUUACAAAGUGUGCUUUCACACAGUACAGUCACUCACUGUGUGAUACUGUCAUUACACUGUUUGCUGUUUAAAAGAUGCACGAGCAUUGCAAAGAGAAAUAAUCAUGAGCAUUUAAGAUAAACGCUGGCUUCCAGGAGCACUGCCCCAUCGAGUGACAAGUAAACAUUAUAGUAAGCAUUUUAACUUUUUCUACAGUUUGUUGUCAUGCUGAAUUCAAAAUGCUUCCACACAUUCUUCAGAUAGGUUCUGUGUCAUGAUUAUUCAUUCAGCGCCGCUGAAAAAGCAGUGGUCAGAUGACACAAAAACUAGCAUGUUUCUGUUUAGUUUAAUAUUGCAAUUCAUUAAGUCAGAGGACAAUGUCAGUCAGAUUACAUAAAAAAUGUUGAUUUCCCAUGCAAAACCUGCAACUCCGUGGAGUUGAUAUGUAAAAGCAGUGGUGUGCCCCUUAAGCCUUUCUGCAGCCAGCCUCGAUCUUAAGAAUUGUUACUGUAGCAAUGCAACCAUUAGCUCACUUUGUCCUUCCCUGCCCUCCAAACUGUGCACUGUGUCUGCACCGUGUUCUAUGACAGCUGUUCUCUACAGUGAGGACAGACACAUGACUGUCACCGUGUCAUGCAAAGCCAGCCAAAAUCUUCAAUGCUCACUUUUUUUGAUGAUGAUGAAGUCAGCUCAAAAGCUCCUAAUGAUUUCAUAUUUGAGAGCUGGCUUUGUGAGGAUACCUGUCACAUACAACACAUGCACACCUCUCCAAUAUACUGUUCUCAUACAUAUACACACUUUGAUGCAUGCUUUUCUCUACCAUACUGUAAACUCAGUUACUUGUAGCUUACGAGUAUUAAACUCUGUGUCUUUCUGACAACUGAAUGUUGGACAGUUUUCACUGCUUGAAGUGUAAUAGUGAACUCUUCUUUCUCUCUUAUUCCACUAUGAUAACUCUCUGGCAAUAUGUUACAGGUACUUGUUACUAAUAUGAAACAAUAAAAAAACAUCUUAAAAGACAAGAACCAGACUGUGUUUUGAUUUUUUUUUUAAAUGGAAUGUCAGAAGUGAUUAUGGCUCAUUAGGAGGUUAAAGGUUUCUCACAUAAUUAGACACAGACAUAAAUAAAGACAAUUUACAUGAACUCCUGUCACAGUGGGAUUUAAAAGAGAUGUUACAUUAGAAUAAAGGGAAUGUCAUUACACUGAAAAAAUACGAUAAGAUAUAAUAAGCAUCAACUGAUCCAGACUGACAUGACGUCUACAAAGAAUUAGUUUGUUUAAUCUCAGAUGAAGUUAUUGUAAAUAACUAAAUAAAGGCAACAUGAUCAUGUGAUCUCACAUCAUUGGCUGAGUGCUGAUCAUGUGAUGUUAUAGACAGUAUUUUCAGUG